AUGGCAUCGUCUUUCAUCUUCCGUACUUCGCGGAGGUUUCUUAAACCUUCUUCUUCUUCUUCUUCACUAUCUCUUCACCCCGCCAUCUUCAACCCUUUGACCUCCGCUCACCAAUUUGCAACCCAAAACCAAAACCCCUAUCUAAAUCCCCCAGUUAAGCCACCCCAGCUCCAAAAUUACAAUUUUGAGUUUCGUAAAACUGUUGGGUCUCUCUCAAAUUUUCAUCUUGUUGCACACUUGUCCACGUGGCCCUCGAAGGAGAACAGGAACCAAAAUGGUAGUGUGGGUAGUGGUGGUGGAGGGGACGCCACUUGGGUGGACUUGUACUUGCCAAGACAGGUUCAGCCCUAUGCUCGCCUUGCUCGUCUUGAUAAACCAAUUGGGACGUGGUUGCUCCUAUGGCCUUGUAUGUGGUCAAUUACCUUGGCUGCAAACCCGGGUCAUCUUCCCGAUUUUAAAAUGAUGACUCUGUUUGGAUGUGGGGCUUUGCUUUUAAGAGGUGCUGGGUGUACUAUUAAUGAUCUCCUUGACCGGGAUAUUGAUACAAUGGUAGACCGUACAAAGUUGAGACCUGUGGCAAGUGGUCUUUUGACACCAUUUCAAGGACUUUGUUUUCUUGGUUUUCAAUUACUUUUGGGUCUUGGGAUUCUUCUACAGCUUAAUAAUUAUAGUCGUGUUUUGGGUGCCUCAUCCUUGUUGCUUGUCUUCUCUUAUCCCCUGAUGAAGAGGUUUACAUUUUGGCCUCAAGCCUAUCUUGGGUUCACCUUUAAUUGGGGGGCUUUAUUAGGAUGGACAGCAGUUAAAGGAAGUCUGGACCCAUCUAUUGUGCUGCCACUUUAUGCCUCUGGAGUAUUUUGGACUCUUGUGUAUGAUACUAUCUAUGCACAUCAGGAUAAAGAAGAUGACCUGAAAGUGGGAGUUAAAUCAACAGCUUUGCGCUUUGGUGAUUCAACAAAGGAGUGGAUUUCUGGGUUUGGGAUUGCAUGCCUUGGUGGUCUUGCUCUUAGUGGAUUUAAUGCUGAAAUAGGCUGGCCGUACUAUGCAUCUCUGGCGGUUGCAUCUGGACACUUAGGCUGGCAAAUAUGGACAGUUGACCUUUCAUCACGUGCUGAUUGCAAUAGGAAAUUUGUCUCAAAUAAGUGGUUUGGAGCCAUCAUAUUUUGUGGAAUUCUAGCUGGAAGACUUUCAUCAUAG